AUGCCGACAAUUUCUAUUAUAGCUGUGUGCUGGGCAUCGGGAGAUCCUCAUUACACCACGUUUGAUGGCAUCCAUUUCAAUUUCCAAGGUGACUGUUCUUACACUUUGGCUAGGAGUAACGGGACAUUUGAUAUCAGUUCAGAAAAUGUGGAAUGUGGAGAUGGUGGCGUUACUUGUACAAAAAUGGUACAUGUAAAGUUACAAAGUGGUUUGACGAUAUCAUUGGUAAGAGGUUCUCCCGUAAAAGUUGGUGACACAGUUGUUAACGGCAUUAGCUACAAAACAUCUGGUGUCGAUGUUUCCAUUGAAUUCCCGUGGGUCCGUGUCACAGUCCUUGACGAAGAUAUUUCCGUGAUGUGGGAUAACGGUACCAGGGUUUAUAUUUUCCUCGGCUCCAAAUGGAAAGGCAGAGUGGAAGGUCUCUGUGGAAACUAUGACGAUAUUGAUAGUAACGACAUGCUGUCUCAGAAUGGAAUGAAUGAUGUUAAGGAUAUAUAUGGGUUUGCUAACUCAUGGAAAACAAGUACAACAUGUGCUGAUGUACAUUCUGAUCCAACAGAAUCUUUACCUUGUCAGGGUAGUCAAAGUAUCCGUGCUGCCUGGGCCGAACAGUCAUGCAAAGUCAUUAUCGAAGGCGAGCUUUUUGCAGAAUGUCGCAAACAGCCCAAAAUACAGACAGACAAAAUGUAUCAAGAUUGUUUGACAGAUGCGUGCAGUUGCAAUAAAGGCGGUGAUUGUGAGUGUCUGUGUACAGCGGUCGCCAAUUUCGCCGAGGCAUGUAACGCGUUGGGUAUACAUGUUAAAUGGAGAACACCACAUUUCUGUCCAAUUAUGUGUGAAGGAGGCAGACGGUAUACACCUUGUCGAUCGCCAUGCCCACAAACAUGUGUAAAUAUUGGCAACGAGCCGGAGCCAUACUGCAACGAUACGCAAUGUGUGGAAGGUUGCAGCUGUCCAGAGGGAUAUGUGGAAAGUGUCGAUGGAUGCAUGCCUGCUGAUGAAUGUCCGUGCCAUCAUAAAGGUGUGGAAUUUGAAGCAGGAUCCGUAAUAGUAACUGACUGUAUGACUUGUACCUGCAUUUCCGGAUCAUUUAAAUGCGUCGGCGACAGCUGCAAACCUAACUGCACGACAGAUGAAUUCACAUGUUCUAACGGAAAAUGCAUUUCAGACAUGUAUAAAUGUGACACUUUCCACGACUGUGAUGAUGGAUCUGAUGAAGGAAACUGCACAACAACCUCAACGUCAAUUACCACAACUGCUAGUCCUCCAACUACCACUAGUAGUCCCUCUUCUAGUACCACCGGUCCGACUCCUACAUCUUCUCGUCCUACAUCUACAACCACAAUUUCAACACCAACAGGAACAAGUCUGAUAUCUACAGUAACGACCCCAGAAUGCCAGGAAAUGACGAUGGAUUCAAGUUCAACGGCCGUUAUUCAAAAGACGAAAGAUGGCGUCAUACACGAUUUAAAAGCAUUGGUUCAUGGUGUAGAACCAACUAUUUAUUAUAGCCUAACAAACAUUGAGAGCGAAGUCACCUUUCUAUCAUAUUCAGCACUAUUAUUUGGUGUCAACUACAUUAAUGUAUAUGUGCUAGAUCGAAAUGGUGUCAGAGUGAAUGGACAGAACCCUUUUUCCAUGACACUUGACAGUGAUAAGGAGGUCAUCGUGCUAUUGAACAGUACAAAAGGAUAUUCGUUGGAGUCAGAACUCCACCCGAGGCCAUAUAAGCCGAUGACGCAGGCCUUUCGAAAUAUAACAGUUUGCUACUCUCCAGCAACAACCUCAACGUCAAUUACCACAACUGCUAGUCCUCCAACUACCACUAGUAGUCCCUCUUCUAGUACCACCGGUCCGACUCCUACAUCUUCUCGUCCUACAUCUACAACCACAAUUUCAACACCAACAGGAACAAGUCUGAUAUCUACAGUAACGACCCCAGAAUGCCAGGAAAUGACGAUGGAUUCAAGUUCAACGGCCGUUAUUCAAAAGACGAAAGAUGGCGUCAUACACGAUUUAAAAGCAUUGGUUCAUGGUGUAGAACCAACUAUUUAUUAUAGCCUAACAAACAUUGAGAGCGAAGUCACCUUUCUAUCAUAUUCAGCACUAUUAUUUGGUGUCAACUACAUUAAUGUAUAUGUGCUAGAUCGAAAUGGUGUCAGAGUGAAUGGACAGAACCCUUUUUCCAUGACACUUGACAGUGAUAAGGAGGUCAUCGUGCUAUUGAACAGUACAAAAGGAUAUUCGUUGGAGUCAGAACUCCACCCGAGGCCAUAUAAGCCGAUGACGCAGGCCUUUCGAAAUAUAACAGUUUGCUACUCUCCAGCAACAACCUCAACGUCAAUUACCACAACUGCUAGUCCUCCAACUACCACUAGUAGUCCCUCUUCUAGUACCACCGGUCCGACUCCUACAUCUUCUCGUCCUACAUCUACAACCACAAUUUCAACACCAACAGGAACAAGUCUGAUAUCUACAGUAACGACCCCAGAAUGCCAGGAAAUGACGAUGGAUUCAAGUUCAACGGCCGUUAUUCAAAAGACGAAAGAUGGCGUCAUACACGAUUUAAAAGCAUUGGUUCAUGGUGUAGAACCAACUAUUUAUUAUAGCCUAACAAACAUUGAGAGCGAAGUCACCUUUCUAUCAUAUUCAGCACUAUUAUUUGGUGUCAACUACAUUAAUGUAUAUGUGCUAGAUCGAAAUGGUGUCAGAGUGAAUGGACAGAACCCUUUUUCCAUGACACUUGACAGUGAUAAGGAGGUCAUCGUGCUAUUGAACAGUACAAAAGGAUAUUCGUUGGAGUCAGAACUCCACCCGAGGCCAUAUAAGCCGAUGACGCAGGCCUUUCGAAAUAUAACAGUUUGCUACUCUCCAGCAACAACCUCAACGUCAAUUACCACAACUGCUAGUCCUCCAACUACCACUAGUAGUCCCUCUUCUAGUACCACCGGUCCGACUCCUACAUCUUCUCGUCCUACAUCUACAACCACAAUUUCAACACCAACAGGAACAAGUCUGAUAUCUACAGUAACGACCCCAGAAUGCCAGGAAAUGACGAUGGAUUCAAGUUCAACGGCCGUUAUUCAAAAGACGAAAGAUGGCGUCAUACACGAUUUAAAAGCAUUGGUUCAUGGUGUAGAACCAACUAUUUAUUAUAGCCUAACAAACAUUGAGAGCGAAGUCACCUUUCUAUCAUAUUCAGCACUAUUAUUUGGUGUCAACUACAUUAAUGUAUAUGUGCUAGAUCGAAAUGGUGUCAGAGUGAAUGGACAGAACCCUUUUUCCAUGACACUUGACAGUGAUAAGGAGGUCAUCGUGCUAUUGAACAGUACAAAAGGAUAUUCGUUGGAGUCAGAACUCCACCCGAGGCCAUAUAAGCCGAUGACGCAGGCCUUUCGAAAUAUAACAGUUUGCUACUCUCCAGCAACAACCUCAACGUCAAUUACCACAACUGCUAGUCCUCCAACUACCACUAGUAGUCCCUCUUCUAGUACCACCGGUCCGACUCCUACAUCUUCUCGUCCUACAUCUACAACCACAAUUUCAACACCAACAGGAACAAGUCUGAUAUCUACAGUAACGACCCCAGCUACCACAGCGACGUCACCAGCGACAACGAUAUCAUCAGAAACAACAUCAACAACCACUACAACUACACCAGUCUCAACAUCAACAACCUCAACAGGAACUAGUCCGUCAACAAGUAGCUCAACAUUUACAGCUUCAACUCUAUCACCUACAACAACCACAGAGUGCCAGGACAUGAUGAUGAAUUCGAAUUCAACAGAUGUCGUUCAAACAGUAAAUGAUGGCACAGUAUACGAUCUCAAUCAAACAGUAUACGCUGAGCCACCACCUGUCUUCUAUCAUUUAAUAAACAUCAAUGGCGAAGCCACUUUCAAAACUUAUUCCGCUGUGAUAUACGGUGCAAAAAGUAUCAGAGUAUAUGUACUGGAUCGGGACGGUAACAGAGUUAAUAUGCAACCUUUCCAAAUGUCACUUUACCAUGAUACGGUGGUCGUCAUACAAUUGAAUAGUACAAAGGGAAAUUCUCUGGAGAUUCAGCUAGAGGCGAGAGCUUACGGAUAUAGAAGGCUGAAUUUUCGAUACAUCGGUGUUUGCUAUUCGCCAGGUACCACUACGACGUCAUCUGUAACAGUAACGUCAACAACCACUACCUCGUCAACUACGACAACGACAACAACACCAGUCUCAACACCAUCAUCAACAAGUGGUACGACUUCUACUUCUGCAAGUGAGACACCUACGACGCAUACAGCUCCCACAACUUCGACAACUACUACAACAACGACGACAACUACCACAACGACACCGCCAACCACAACGUCUGAAAUCACUAGUGCAAUACCAACAACUAGUCAAACACCUUCAAGCACAAGUUCGACGCUUACAACGAGGACAGGAACCACGCCAUCGGUACCACCAACCACCUCAACAGAAACGUCAUCAUUAUCUACAACUGCAACUACAUCACCUUCCACCUCUAUCCCUACAACAGCAACCACCCCUACAACGACCAUACAUACUUCUUCGGCACCUUCAACAACACUGACAGAGACGACCGAAUCCAUGUCAUCGUCAUCAGUUCUUUCAACCGAAAGUUCAACAUCAAUUAUUUCUGUAUCUACAUCAUCGCCUACCUCUGCAAGUAAGUUUAUAACUUUCAUAAAUUAUCCCUUUUUUCAGCUGAUGCUUGGAUAA